AUGAUAGAAACAUGUUCCAAGAGAUGUAUGUUGUUUGGCACAGUUUCUUUAGGGAUCCUUACAAUUGUAGUUCUUAUAUUAGAAUCACAUCUUGCGGACACUUUAACUGGUAGUCAACGAAGAAAUAAAACAUUUCCAACAGAAAAUAAUUCAACAUGUUGGUUGUCACAACCUUAUACAGUAAUCAGUGAAUGUCAUCCCUGUUCUGAUUUUGAAAUACGAAGCAAGAGCAUAGGGGUGUGUAUACACACAAGCUUUAAAGAAAUACUAAGAUGUGAAAAUGGUGAAACAGUUACCAAAAGCUGUGACCGUGUUGCACAUUUAGAAGAGAGAAAGUUCUGGAAGUUUACUAUCUGGUCAUUCUUCUUGGGGUCUGUGUCCUCUUUGGCUGUGAUGCUAAGAAUGCGUGUUCUCAACCAUAGGGCUAAAAGACGGGCCAGACAAGUUCUUGCUAAUGGAACAAUUUAA